UCCGCCGCGAGCAUGAGCGACUUUGAAGCGGCGACGGCCAUCCUCGGAGAGUGGGGGCCUUUCCAGCGGCAGGUGUUUUUCCUCCUCUGCCUGACCAUCGUCCCCAACGGUUUCACCGGGAUGUCCAUCGUGUUCCUCGCCGACACGCCGCCCCACCGCUGCCGGGUGCCCGCGCACGUCAACCUCACGGCCGCAUGGAGAAACAGCAGCAGCCCGCUGGAGGAGGACGGCCACGGCGGCGCGCCGGUGCCCAGCCAGUGCUCCAGAUACAAACUUGAUGACAUGCUGAGUUUCUCGGAGAGAGGUCUGCUGCCCGGCGUCGACGUGAAUCUGUCUGAUGUGCCAAAAGAAGGCUGCUUGGACGGGUGGGAAUAUGACCGGAGUGUAUACAUUUCUACCAUCACAUCUGAGUGGGACCUGGUGUGUGAUAACAGGUGGAAGACCCCGCUGACUUCCUCUGUCUUCUUCUGUGGAUACCUCACUGGCUCCUUCAUUUCAGGACAGCUCUCCGACAGGUACGGGAGGAAAAUAGUGUUGUUUGUUACCAUAGCAGUCCAGGCAUUGUUCACAUUCAUCCAGGUAUUUUCUCAAUCCUGGUCCAUGUUCUGCGCAGUGUUCUUCGUUGUCGGUAUGGGACAAAUCUCCAAUUUUAUGGCUGCGUUUGUGUUAGGAACUGAGAUUUUAGGCCCACGUGUACGGACAAUUUUCUCCACCAUGGGCGUGAGUGUGUUCUUUGCUGCUGGCUACAUGCUGCUGCCGCUGUUGGCCUUCUUCAUCAGAGACUGGAGGAUGCUUCUCCUAGGCAUUGCCAUGCCCGGCUUCCUUUGUGUGCCUCUCUGGUGGUUCAUCCCGGAGUCUCCUCGGUGGCUGCUCUCUCAGGGAAGAGUAAAAGAGGCUGAGGCCAUAAUAAGAGUUGCUGCUAAGAGGAACAAAAUCGAGCCCAUGCCGGUCAUCUUUAGUCUUUUGCAGAAAGAACGUCAGUCUCAGAAGCAGACAGCCCACAACAUCUGUGACCUGCUAAAUUCCCGAAACAUCCGCUGGAUCUCUGUCACACUGUGGCUGGUCUGGAACACUGUGGCUAUCGCCUACUUUGCGCUUUCCCUGAAUACGGUGAACCUUCACGGUAACGCUUACUUCAAUUGUUUCCUGUCGGCUGUGGUAGAGAUACCAGCCUACACUUUGUCAUGGGUUUUGUUUCGCUGGUGUCCCAGACGAUUGAGUAUCUUCUCAACCCUCUUCAUGGGAGGAUUGGUUCUACUCUUCAUACAGCUCAUACCAGCAAACCUGAUUUCUCUAGCAAUAACACUCGAGAUGAUAGGGAAGUUUGUAGUGACGACAGCAUUCGCCAUUGUGUACGCCUACACAGCAGAACUCUACCCGACUGUACUGAGGAAUACAGCUAUUGGCACCUGCUCCAUGGCCUCCAGAAUAGGCACUAUCAUUGCUCCAUACUUCAUUUACUUAAGAAGCUAUUCGAUUUCACUGCCUAACACCCUCUUGGGAAGUCUUACAGCUUUGUCGGGGUUGCUCAGUCUCCUGCUGCCUGAGAGCUAUGGAAUGCCACUGCCUGACACCAUCACUCGCAUGCUGCACUUCCCCGGAUGUUGUCAGAAGACACUUUAUGCAGUCACAGACACCGAAGAGGAGGAAAAUGCGGGUAAAAUGAAGUCUCCGGUUGUCCACUUGAAGAAGGAGCAUCAUUGA